UUUAUACAGGCACAUCGCAGACAACUUUUAGGACAUUGACUGAUGCAGGUUGUGAAUCCCUCGUUGGUAAAGGCCUGACUCUGUCCACUAGUGACACUAGUAUAGGAACUAUUGUUGAUAUAGGUUGCGAUGAAUUUGGACACCGUCCGUCUGGAGGCAUCAGCCAGUUGGUCUGUUUGAACACUAGUAAAUGGUCGCCUUCUAUACCUUCUUGUGAAUGGUCCUGGGAUUUGACUACACAGGAGAAAAUCAUAUUUGGAACAGCCGUUGCUGCGGGAUCAUUCAUUGUUGUCAUCGCUAUCGCCAUUUGCAUUGCUUACUUUUGCUGUUAUAAGAAACGGAAAGAAGAAGACGAAAAAAUUUACGACUCAAGCUAUCACGAAUCCAGUCCACGAACCGGUGAGGAGCGGCCUUUUCCAGAAAGAGAAUCAUAUCCAAUUACCUAUCUGGCAUAUCAAGAUAUAAACGAUGGAAAGUAUGAUGGCUACAUCAGUACAGGGACUUUAGACAAGCCAUGGUUGGGCUACAUUCCACGACCGAAAGUAACCGAGGGCAAAUUUUAUAACUGA